CCACUGCUGCUGCUGCUGGCGUCUCUGCGGGCGGGCAGCUCAGAAGAAUGCAAUCCAGAAAGUUACUAUGGGGUCAACCAACCAGAGUCUCUCUCAGCCCCCGAGGGUGGCUCCAUCUGCAUCUCUUUCACCUACUUCCACUGCUGGGUGUUGGCCCGGGAUCCCAGCCUGAGUGUCGCCUUGAGACGGACACAUUUCCAUGGAGAGAUGAUCUACAACAGUACCAGGCCUUUUAUCCAUAAGGAUUACAAGAACCGGAUCUCCCUGGACUUGAAAGAAGGUCAGAACUCUGGUACCGUGUGCAUAUC